AUGGAUGUCGCAUCUAGUAUCUUUGCAUUUGACAUAAAACAACUUUUUGAGGAUGGAACGGAGAAAUGUUUUGAAAUGAACAAGGCUGGUACUUAUCCAGUGAAUGCAAAGGAUCACGAGGCCACUGACGUUUGUUACAUGUUUUGGUUAUUUGGAGAAGAUACUUUUCCGGAAAUGCAAAUGGCAAUAAGGAAAGCCAAACAGGACUGUGGCUAUUUGUGGUGCUGGGACUGUACCGAAGGCAGUGUGGCCGAGCUGAUUUUUCAUAAACUUGCUCUUCAAAAGGUCAAUCAGGCGAACGGUUUUCUUGGAGUGUCACAAAGUGGAUAUUGUGCCGCUUCAAUUGGUUGCAUCCACCUCAGGCAACUGCAAUUGGAUUCUGCGAAAUCGGUGGACUCUGCGUCAGAUGGGAUGACUACAUCGAUUCCUGAUGUGGAUAUGUGCACGAUGUGCGAUGAGAGCGUUUCGACCUACUAUAACCCUGUUCCCGGGAUAAAUACGAUACUCUCUUGUGCUGAAAGGAAGGUUCCAGUCGACGCUGGGACUUCAUCGGCACUGACGGCCAAUGUGCGUGAGAAGAUGGAGGAGAUAAGGCAGAUGUUCUAUGAGAGCGACAGCACAACGCAGCAUCAGGAGACGCUUGCCGCGGGGAUGUCCACGAUGGGAUUGAUGAGCACGUUAAACACUUGCGGACCCUCGGCUCGGGUUAGUGCCCGCAAAGACGCUCCUUCUGCCCUGCCUGCCACUCACCCGCGUGGGCUUCAGGUGCGUAAUGACGGAUCCCCAUCCCUUCAUUUGGCGCAGCCACAGGAGCCGUUAGGCUUGCAGAUAUUCAAGGAUCCCGAAGGGUUGGCUGCAUGCGGAGCUGAGCCAAUGCGAUCACGUCAGCCACUGCGGACCGUCAAUCAUGCAUCGGCCAUGCGCCGACCACCACCACCCUCUUCUGAUGAGGAGAACUUGGGGUUUGUAGGAGUGAGGCGGGAUGCUAUCGCCCAGAUCGACUCAGCCGGAAUGACAAUGUCCAAUUUUACCUUACCUCUCGUUUUUGAUCCUCCUUGCGCCUCCACUUCCGUCUUCACUGGGAGUAUUGUCCCCUCCUCUAUUGCAUCUGCCCCUCUUAACCCCGCUGCAGGGAUCCAGUCAAAGCAGCAGAGGCAACAGCUGGAGGAGGAGAAUGACGAGAUGGUAGUAGAAAUGGGUAGCUUGUCACCAUCACCGAGCAGGCCUGAUAGUCCAUUGGCAGAUGCCUUCAACCUUUUCGUACGCAGUCCCGAUCCAAGUGGACGUUUGCGCAUAGACGCGACUAAGUUUAUGGACGCCUUCCUCACCAAAAAAGUGGAUAAGAGAAAGAACUCAGACAGCAAACGACCUCCACUCUUUUAG